AUGCCUGUUAAGAUGGGACUUGAAACGGAGCUCAGGCUGGGGCUUCCCGGAGGCGGCGGCGGCGAGGUGGAGAGGAACGAGAUGAGAAGAGUGUUUUCGGAUAUCUCUAGCGCUGGUGGCAGCGGCGGGGAGGAGGAGGGGAAGGUAGAGGCGGUGGGAAGUAAGAAUCAAGUGGUGGGGUGGCCGCCGGUGGCGGCUUACCGGAGGAAAAAUAACUUCGGCUGGGCUAAGAUGUACGUGAAGGAAAUCGUCGUCCUUGGACUGCACAUGGCCAGCUCCAUGGAGAGAUCUGAUUCGAAGGUAUCGCUGUAG